AUGUUCCUCGAGCGUGUCUGCCUGAUCUCCACGGCGGUCCUCGUGGCCGUCUACGCGGCACCGAGGGUGUCCAGGUUGCAGGAAGUGCCGAAGUGGCAUUUCCCGUGCGGCGGGGACCUCGACGUCGAGGUGGCCUCGUGGGAGGACCUCGAGGAGGAGACGGUGAACAGCCUGGAGAGUCUCAGGCUGCAGCAUCAGCUGCUGAUGAGCGAGUACUUGAGUCGGGACUACAAUUAUCUGUACGAGAGUAUGGACUUCAGCGUGAAGAAGAAACAGUAUAUACCCAACUGGCUGCCCGACGAGAAGGACGUCGAUCUCGUGAAGGGGCUGGCCGACGCUAAUCCACAAACGAUCGUCAACCACUUUCCGAAGUUGCACACGGACCUGCAGAAGUUCGCCGUGGCGUUCGAGCAGCUGGUGAAGGACGAGGACGACGUGAGGAAGUGGGAAGCCCUGGCGGGCACGCAGAGGUACCUGAACAGCAUGCUGUGCGAGGUCGAGAGCAACAUUCUCUCCCUGCCGUCUCUGCGGCUGCCUACGCGCGUGCAGAGGGACAUCAUGAGCAAAAACGAGCGAAAUGUCGGACGAGACGAGACGAACCGGCUGGUCCGCGAUUGGGGAGUGAUUCUCAAGUACCGCGACUACCUGCAUGCCUGGCGGCACGUAUUCAACUAUUAG